AUGACACCUCUUCCUCUCCCAAAUUUAGUCUCCUUUACCAAAACAUGGCAUAACGAACCAUACCCUUUCAUCUCCCCUACAAGACCCGAGCUAUCAGCUCGUGGGAAGAACGUUGUCAUCACGGGCGGCAGCCAUGGAAUUGGCCGAGCCAUUGGCGUUGCCUUUGCUCAAGCCGAUGCCAAGUCCGUCGCGAUCAUUGGCAGGAGUCGCGAACGUCUGGAAACAGCAGCAACGGCGAUACGCGCUGCCAAUCCGUUGACUACUGUUUUGCUUGAAGUUGCAGACACUACACAACGGGAGUCGAUCACCAAAGCCUUGAACAGCAUUGUUGAUCAAGCUGGCAAGAUUGACAUAUUUGCUGCUAAUGCUGGAAUACUUCCCGUCUAUGGUCUUGUGAUGGGAUAUCCUGAAGAAGAACUUCUUCGAAGCCUCAUGAUUAAUACCGUGGGUGCUUUUAACUCGAUACAAGCGUUUCUUCCGCUCGCAGCACCGGGAGCCAAACUCUUUAACACGAGCUCCGGGAUAGGCCAUUGGCAGCCGAAUGACGCAGUUACGGGUGACUUUGCUUACUCGAUUGCAAAAGCAGCAGCGAUCAAGAUGUUUGACUACGUUGCUUUUGAGAACCUGGGGCUUCAUGUUGUUAGCUUCCAGCCAGGCAUCAUAGCAACAGGCAUCAAUCCCGACAUUACGCUAGGUUUCGAUACAGUGGAAUUACCUGCCCAUUUUGUGGUUUGGCUUGCUUCAAAAGAGGCAGAAUUUCUGAAGGGAAAAUUCGUUUGGGCAAAUUGGGAUGUACAAGAACUCAUGGCUCGACAAGACGAGAUCAAGAAUCCCAUGCUUCUCAAACUGUCGCUGAAUGGGGUCGAUAUGUAG